UUUAAAGAAGUCACGCACAAGUAAUGUUAGUUGUAUAACACACAAAAUAAAACAUUUCCAUUUACUCAUCCUUUCCAAGUUUUUCUCAACAUAUACAGUAAUUAGUAAAGCUCAUAGCUCUGCAUCAAUGGCGCAUCCACUUUCCUUCUCACAAUCCACGCUUGCACUUCCUUCUUCCUCUUCGAAAUUCCUCCGCCACAGAAAACCCACACCCAUUUCGACCCAUCUCAAAAGACUCACCAAUUUCACUUCCAUUUCCAAAAAAAUCAAUUCCUUCACUAGCCCAAGAGCCACUCAAGAUUCGAAUUCCAACAACUCUUCAUCGGAAAUCGAGCAAAACCCACUACCGGAAACCGAAAAAGAAGCCGGAGGAGAAGAGAUGCCGUCGGAUGUGGGGUUGGAGAUAAAGAAGCUGAUGAAAGAGAGAGAACAGAAAGAGCCGGAUUUUUGGAGUGGUGUGGCGGAGGAGAUAAGGGAAAUUGAAUGGCCAGCUUCUGGUAAGGUGUUGAGUACUACUGGAGUUGUAAUUGGGGUUAUUGCUGGGUCCAGUGUCGUUUUGCUAACUCUUAAUGCCGUUUUGGCUGAACUUUCCGAUCAAGUUUUCGCCGGAAAAGGUGUACAAGAUUUCUUUGGUUGAACAUGAAGAUAAGGCUUCUUUAAAAUCUUUUUUUUUUUGUUCUUUUUGUGUGUUUUAGUUCUUUUUUUCAUUACAAUAAUUUUCAACAAUUUUUUCCCUUCUGUUGUUGCAAAAAUUUGAUUAGAAUACUGGAAUAUGAAAGGCUGAAAGUGGAGUUUUUAA